AUGGCUAACGACAUGCCUGAACUUGGCGGUAUCCCGAAUUAUGACCAGGUCAAAGUGUCGAAGAGCAGUCGGAGGAAGCAAAUCGCCGCCGCAACAACUGAAGGUGACAGCAAUAGGCAUCUUGCUUCCCAGAAGAGAGAUGCAAAUCUUGGAAUGACGAUCUGGGGCCUUGCAAAUGUCGACUGCAUCGGCACCUCUGACUACAAGCUGAAGGGGAUGAGGACGCCCAUUCGAGGCUGGCAACUGCAAGCGGCCGCCCGCAUGGUCAUGAGGGAGAACGCUGAUGACCGCCCCCAUGGAGGAAUCCUUGGUGACCAGAUGGGUAUGGGCAAGACGCUCACUAGUCUUGUCCUCAUUGUCGGAUGCCCUCCUCUUCCUCAGGACAUCCAGGCGGGUCGCGGUGGCACUCUUGUGGUUGUUCCAGGUCCCAAUGUCCUGAAGGAAUGGACGGAAGCAAUUUCCCAGCAUACAGAUUAUUUUCAUAACGCCGUGAAGAAUACUGCCGGCCCCCUUUUCGGCAUUGAGUGGUACCGAGUUGUUUUUGAUGAGCUUCAUACAAUCAAGAACUCUGAGACACAGAAAAUCUAUCCUUAUGUCAAGCUCAUCGGGGUCGAGGGCGUUGAGACCAAGAAAGAGUUCAACAAGAUCUACAAGAAAGGGCCCAAUGCCAGCAAGAAGCUGGACGCGUUAAUCAACCUGAUAACAAUUCGCCGGAGCCACGAGGACAAAUUCCUUGGGAAGCAGAUGUUGGAGGGCCUUCCCCAGUUCGACGCUGAGGUCCGUUGGGUCAACCUUUCCCAAGAAGAACAGUUGAUUUACGAGUAA